CUGGGCUGAGCCGCCCUGGCACCAUCUCCGCAUUUCCAGUGACAGCGACUGAGUCCCCAGAGCCCAGGGCCUAGGCGGACGCCCCUGGCAAGACUCCCAUUGACGUCAGUGGGCUUGGACCAGGCCCCACAGGACCGAUGGAAAACCCAAGCCCAGCUCCCCCGACUCCUGCUCUCUCUGUCCCUCUCUCCUCAGCCAUGGGACCCCAGCGGCUCCAGCAUCCCUCUUCCAGGGGCCCCCUGGCAUGGCUGCUGCUUCUCCUGGUGCUGCCGGGGGCCGCGCAGGGCUCGUUUGAGGUGAGCGUUUCGCUGGAAGAUGCCGUGGUGGGGCACGGAGGGUCCAUCAGGAUAAACUGCAGCCACACGUGCCAGGAUCCUGGUGCCAGGGGCGGUGUGGAGACCUCGCUCAUCAAAACCGAUAGUGAAAGUGGACCCGGGUGGGUGGCCUUUCUCCUAACCAAUAUCACGGAGUGGGCGUCAUCCCCUCAGUGCUACUUCAUCUGCGGUGGAAAUACGACGGUGGCAGCUGCAAACAUCUUCGCUUAUCGGGCGCCGGAGCAGGUGGUGCUGGAGCCACUCCCCGAGAUGGAGCUGGGCCAGGCCUAUAACGUGACGUGCCGGGUUCUGAACGUGGCUCCCGUCACACACCUCACCGUGACCCUCCGGCGGGGAGGAGAGACCCUGCACACGGAGACCUUCCAGAACCACACCGGGACCGGACUCGAUGACAUCACAGUGACCCAUGAGAUCACCCCUCAGCGAUCGGACCACGGGCAGGAGAUCACCUGCCACACCGCCCUGGACCUGCACGGGUCCCACUUCGAAAACAGCUCCUCUGCGGUGGAACUCAAGGUUUAUGAUCUCCCAGAGGAGCCAUGGCUCCAAACCUCCCGCUAUAUCGAGGUGGGCGCCAGGCCGCUCGCCCGCUGUGGGGUGGCCGGGGUCUUCCCCGUCGCGGGAGAGGCCCGGUUCAACCUGUCCUUUGGGGGAGAGAGCCUGAACUUCACUGUCACCACGUUGGACAACACGGCCACCGCCCAGGGCGAGGUUUGGUCCCCGUCCCCGGGACAGCACCAGCUGAACUGCACUGUGACUGUGGGGCCCGUGUCCAGAUCCGCAGGGCAGAGCGUUCUCGUUUACCGUCUCCCUGAGCCCGUCCUGGAGGUAACCGAGUCCCGGACCCUCGUUAACAGCAGCGUGACCGUUACGUGCCGUUCUCCUGAGGCCGACCCCCCGGGCGUCCUGCUCCAGCUCAGAGACGCCGAGCGAGUCCUGGUCUCCAGCCCCCCCGCCCAGCCCCUUGUGCAGCUCCAGCUGACGGCUGGCGAGGAAGACAACGGGAGGGAGUUCACGUGUGAAGCAACGCCUGUCUCCGGCAUCCCCGCCAUGAAACGCACGUCUGCCAGACUCACUGUCCUCUACGGGCCCAGGAUGGACGACUCCGGCUGCCCCAGGGAGUGGAUCUGGAAGGAGGAGACGGAGCAAACCUUCUCCUGCCUGGCCCGGGGGAACCCAGCGCCAGCCGUGGUGUGCACGAAGGACGGGGUGCCCGUCAGCAUCGGGGUGCAGCGGCAGGUCAGGAGAGAGGACGCCGGGACCUACCACUGCAAAGCAUCCAACGCGCACGGCUCGGCCAGCCGGGAUGUGACCGUCCAGGUGGAGUAUCUCAACAUCCUGGGUUUGGCACUGGGGCUCGUAGGUGCGUUGGCUGCUCUGACCGGACUAGGCGUGGGGGGCUACAUGUACUACCGCUCCACGAGAAUCCGAAACUACCGGCUCAGACAGCAGCAGGCCAAGCAGGCCGAGCAGGGCAAGCCGUCCGAACAGAUGAGCCUGAACGGGGCCACACAGAACACACCUGAACUGGAGCACAGCCUGAAUCGCAAGACCCUAUGUCCCCCCUUCACCGUAUCCCCAGCCAUGGAGCGGACUCAGGGAUACCAGGUCUCCACCGCCUCCAUGAGACCCCAGCGGCUCCAGCAUCCCUCUCCCAGGGGCCCCCUGGCGUGGCUGCUGCUUCUCCUGGUGCUGCCGGGGGCCGCGCAGGGCUCAUUUGAGGUGAGCGUUUCGCUGGAAGCUGCCGUGGUGGGGCACGGAGGGUCCGUCUGGAUAAACUGCAGCCACACGUGCCGGGAUCCUGGUGCCAGGGGCGACAUUGAGACCUCGCUCAUCAAAACCAAUAGGAAAAAUGGAUCCAGCUGGGUAGCCUUUCGCCUCGUCAAUAUCACGGAGUGGGUGUCGUCCCCUCAGUGCUACUUCACCUGCGGUGGAAAUACGACGCUGGUGGCGGCUGCAAACAUCUCCGUUUACCAGGUGCCGGAGCGGGUGGUGCUGGAGCCGCUCCCCGAGAUGGAGCUGGGCCGGGCCUAUAACCUGACGUGCCGGGUUCUGAAGGUGGCUCCCGUCACACACCUCACCGUGACCCUCCGCCAGGGGGGACAGACCCUGCACACGGAGACCUUCCAGAGCCGCAACAGGACCGGACUCCACGACGUCACAGUGACCCAGGAGAUCACCCCUCGGCGAUGGGACCACGGGCAGCAGGCCACCUGCCACGCCGCCCUGGACCUGGCACCACACGGGCCACUCUUGCAAAGCAACUCCUCUGCGGUGGAGCUCCAGGAGGCCGAGAGCCCCACGGCUAAAAUCAUCGCAAUUUCUGCCAUCGCCACCGUACCGGCCAUGCUGCUGGGGGCUGCAGAACCAUCCUUUAAUGUGAGCGUUUGGCUGGAAGAUGCCGUGGUGGAGCACGGAGGCUCCAUCUGGUUAAACUGCAGCCACACGUGCCGGGAUCCUGGUGCCUCGGGCGGCCUGGAGACCUCGCUCAGCAAAGCCGAACGUAAGAAGGGGUCCAGAUGGAUGGCCCAAGAGCUGGUCAAUAUCCGGGAGUGGGUGUCGGUCGUUCAGUGCUACAUCUACUGCUAUGGAAACAUAACACUUGCAAAUGCCAAUAUCACCACUUACCAGGUGCCGGAGCGGGUGGUGCUGGAGCCGCUCCCCGAGAUGGAGCUGGGCCAGGCCUAUAACCUGAAGUGCCGGGUUCUGAAUGUGGCUCCCGUCACACACCUCACCGUGACCCUCCGCCAGGGGAGACGGACCCUGCACACGGAGACCUUCCAGAACCGCACCGGGACCGGACCCGACAACGUCACGGUGACCCAUGAGAUCACCCCUCAGCGACAGGACCACGGGCAGGAGAUCACCUGCCACGCCGCCCUGGACCUGACACCGCACGGGCAGCUUUUGCAAUUCUCCUCCCCUGCGGUGGAGCUCAGGGUUUUUGAUCUCCCGGAGGAGCCCCGGCUCCAAACCUCCCUCUAUAUCGAGGUGGGCACCAAGGCGCCCGCCCGCUGUGGGGUGGCCGGGGUCUUCCCCGUCGCGGGAGGGGCCCGGUUCAACCUGUCCUUUGGGGGAGAGAGCCUGAACUUCACCGUCACCACGUCGGGCGACACGGCCACCGCCCAGGGCGAGGUUCGGUCCCCGUCCCCGGGAUGGCACCAGCUGAACUGCACCGUGUCCGUGGGGCCCGUGUCCAGAUCCGCAGGGCAGAGCGUUCUCCUUUACAGUUUCCCUCAGCCCGUCCUGGAGAUCGACCAGCCACAGGCCCUCGUGAACAGGAACGUGAGCAUCACGUGCCUUUCCCCUGCCUCCCAGCCCCCCGGCAUGACGCUACAGCUCAGAGACGCCGAGCGAACCCUGGCGUCUGGGCACCCGCCCCGCCUGCAGCUCACGCUGACGACCCGCAAGAGAGACAACGGGAGGCAAUUCACGUGUGAAGGGAACCUCAUGCUGGGCAACCAUUCCCUCGUAAAGAACACGUCCGCCCAGCUCGUCGUCCUCUACGCGCCUACGCUGGAUGAGCCCGGCUGCCCAAGUCACCAGACAUGGCUCGAGGGGACCCCGCAGCAGCUGGCCUGUGAAGCCGAUGGCAACCCGACGCCGGAGGUCUCCUGCAGCAAGGACAGCCCGGUGUACACUACCGGCAGCGUGCAGAACGUCACAAGAGGCCACGCGGGGCUGUAUCGCUGCCGCGCCACCAAUGCCCACGGGACGGACGACAGGAACGUGACAAUCCACGUUGAAUAUGGGCCUGAAAUAGACGACGCCGGCUGUGCCGGGACCCGGACCUGGGUGGAGGGGACGGAGCAAAGCUUGGCCUGCCUGGCGCGGGGGAACCCAGCACCGGCCGUGGUGUGCACGAAGGACGGGGUGCCCUAUGACGUGGGGGUGCAGCAUCGGGUGGCGAGAGAGCACGCUGGGACCUACCACUGCAACGUCACCAACGCCCGUGGCUCGGUCAGCCGGGACGUGACCGUCCAGGUGGAGUACAAGCCCACCAUGGACGAGUCCAGCUGCCCCAGUACCCAGGCGUGGCUGGAGGGGACCCUGCACACCCUGGACUGUGAGGCGGACGGGAUCCACGUCCCAUGCACCAAGGAGGGAGCAGCCGACGAGUUUGGCGGCGAGCGGAACGUGAGCAGGAAUGACUCCGGCACCUACCAGUGCACGGCCAGGAACCGCCACGGGUCGGCGACGAGGGUGGUCACCGUGCGGGUGGAAUACAGGCCCGUUGUCUUGCUCCUGGCCAUCAGCCCUUCCGCCACCGUCCCACGCGGCGCCAGCUUCAACAUCAGCUGCCGCGCCGAGGGCUCCCCGGCACCCGCCUACCGCUGGACCAUGCCCCCCGCCCCCAACGUCCACUGCUCGGCCGAUAACAGCACCGUGAGCGUGGCCGGCGCUGACCGGCACAACCGCGGCGUUUACGUCUGCAGAGUCUCCAACGCCCACGGGCAGCACCUGGGCCAGGUCCAAAUCCAGGUGACAGAUCACAGAUUCAUCGUCGCCGCCCUGAUCGCGGGGGCGGCCGUGCUGCUGCUGGGUGGGACGGCCGGGCUCGUCUAUUACCUCAAAUCCACCGCCUGCAAGAAGGGCGAGUACAACGUGCAGGACGCCGAGAGCUCCUCGAAGGCUGCCUGCCUCGGCCGCGACGGUGCCGUCUAUGGGAUACAGCUCACCCAGACCUGAGCCGGCCGGCGGCCGGAGCCACCCACACGGGGCUGCUGGAGGGGAACCCGGCGGUGCGUCCCUGGGGCUGGGGCGCCUGGUUUGGUUGGUUGGUCGUUGUUGCCUCCUCCGGCCACUUGGAAGCUCCAGCCGAGCUGUGUUCUUGGUCCAGACCCGGCCUGUCUCCGUCCAGCCACGUCCGCAUGCAGCCUCUGCCCUCGGAUCUGCUCCACCCUUUUUCCCUUCCCCGGCCCUGCCCCGUGGCCCUGGUGGAACUUCCGGCUUGUCGCCGAUCCAGACAGCUGGUGUCUUGCCUUAAAUAUCCGUUCUCCGGCUUGGGGAAAUGGGUCAUGAGCUGGCCCCAACCAGGCCAUGACUGUACUGGAGCGUGCGGGGGGGGGGAGGAAGGGGGUUGCCUAACCCAGCGCCUGGGUGGACUGGCACGGGCAGGGGAGAAUGGGUACGGGACCCGCUGGGAUCCGAACGUCUAGGUUCCAGAUUCCAACCCGGGGGGAGGCAGGGGCCACCAAACACAGUCAGGGGCCUGUGGGGAAACGAAUGUGCUGGGUCUCCGUCCCCGUGCUAGCAGGAAUGGGUCAGUCUGUCCUCAGAUAUAAGAACAGAAGAACGGCCAGCCUGGGUCAGACCAAAGGUCCAUCUAGCCCAGUGUCCUGUCCUCUGACAGUGGCCAGUGCCAGGUGCCCCAGAGGGAAUGAACAGAACAGGGAAUCAUCAAGUGA